CCGCCUCUGUCCCCCCGAGUCCACCACAACGCCAACACAGAUACCUCUCGCGGAGCCCGAUGGCGAGACUAGCAUGGGUGCUGUGCCUCCUGCUCGUUGUUGCCACGGCGGUGGCGGUGGCGGUGGCGGUCGCGGAGUCUGAAACGGAGGCCGUGUCCACCUACAUUGUGCACGUCGCGCCGGCGCACGCGCCACGGUCGUCACGGCCCCGCGCGCUUUCCAGCGCGUACGGCUCCUUCCUGCGCGGCCACCUCCCCGCGCGCGUCGCGCGCCCGGCGCCGAGGGUGCUCUACUCGUACGCGCACGCCGCGACGGGCUUCGCGGCGCGGCUGACGGGGGCCCAGGCCGCGCACCUCUCCUCCCAGGACUCCGUGCUCGCGGUCGUGCCCGACGCGACGCACCAGCUGCACACCACGCUGACGCCGUCGUUCCUCGGCCUCUCGGAGUCGUCCGGUCUGCUCCCGGCGUCCGGCGGCGGCACGGGCGUCGUGAUUGGCCUCAUCGACACCGGCGUGUACCCGAACGACCGCGCGUCUUUCGCCGCGGACCCGUCGCUGCCGCCGCCGCCCAGCACGUUCCGGGGCGGCUGCGUCUCGACGCCGGCGUUCAACGCCUCCGCGUACUGCAACAACAAGCUCGUCGGCGCCAAGUUCUUCAACCUGGGGUACCAGGCUGCGCACGGAGGGGAGAUUGAGGAGACGGAGUCUAGGUCGCCGCUCGACACCAACGGCCACGGUACGCACACCUCGUCCACGGCCGCGGGCUCCGCCGUGGCGGACGCCGCCUUCUUCGACUACGCCAAGGGCAAAGCCGUCGGCAUGGCUCCGGGCGCGCGCAUUGCCGCCUACAAGGCGUGCUGGACAAGGGGAUGCACGUACUCUGACAUUCUCAUGGCAUUUGACGAGGCCAUCAAGGAUGGGGUCAACGUCAUCUCCGUCUCACUCGGCGCUGUUGGCAGGGCGCCACAGUUCUAUAGCGACACCACGGCCGUGGGAGCGUUCAGCGCCGUCCGCAAGGGCAUCGUCGUGUCCGCCUCUGCAGGCAACGCCGGCCCCGGCGAGUUCACCGCCGUCAACGUCGCGCCGUGGAUCCUGACGGUCGGUGCGUCAACCAUCAACCGCCAGUUCCCAGCGAACGUCGUCCUCGGCAACGGCGAGACCUUCAACGGCACCUCCCUCUAUGCCGGCACGCCGCUCGGCGCAAGCGAGAUACCGUUGGUCUAUGGAGGGGACGUGGGCUCAAGUGUCUGUGAAGCUGGCAAGCUGAUCGCCAGCAUGGUCGCCGGAAAGAUCGUGGUGUGCGACCCAGGCGUGAAUGGUCGAGCAGCUAAAGGAGAAGCCGUGAAGCUUGCCGGAGGAGCCGGAGCAAUCCUAGUUGGCAGCAAAGCUUUCGGCGAGCAGGCCUUGGCUACCGCUCACAUCCUUCCCGCGACGGCCGUCACGUUCGCCGCUGCCGCGAAGAUCAAGAGGUACAUAAGGACGAACGCGUCCCCCGUCGCGACGAUCGUGUUCCUCGGCACUGUCAUCGGCCGGACGCCGUCUUCCCCAAGAAUGGCAUCCUUUUCCAGCCGCGGCCCAAAUUUCAUCGCGCCGGAGAUCUUCAAGCCGGAUGUCACCGCCCCUGGAGUGGACAUCCUAGCUGCCUGGACCGGCGAGAACUCUCCCUCGGAGCUCGACAGCGACACGAGGCGGGUGAAGUUCAACAUCAUCUCCGGCACGUCCAUGUCGUGCCCGCACGUGAGCGGCAUCGCCGCGCUGCUCCGGCAGGCGCACCCGGACUGGAGCCCCGCCGCCAUCAAGUCCGCGCUGAUGACCACCGCGUACAACGUCGACAACGGCGGCGACAUCAUCAAGGACAUGUCGACCGGCGAGGCAUCCACGCCGUUCGUGCGCGGGGCCGGCCAUGUGGACCCCAACUGCGCCCUGGAUCCGGGCCUGGUGUACGACGCCGGCGCCGACGAUUACAUCUCCUUCAUGUGCGCGCUCGGCUACACCUCCGAUCAGAUCGCCGUCUUGACGAGGGACGGCUCGGUGACCGACUGCUCCACGCGCUCGGGCUCCGUGGGCGACCUCAACUACCCGGCCUUCUCGGUCGUGUUCAGCUCCGGGGAUGGCACGGUCACGCAGCGACGCGUCGUGCGCAACGUCGGGAGCAACGCCGAGGCCACGUACACGGCCACCGUCACCAGACCCGCCGGCGUGGGCGUCGCGGUGGAGCCUCCGACGCUGCAGUUCAGCGCGACGCAGCGGACGCAGGAGUACGCAAUCACCUUCGCGGCGCAGCAGGGAGGCGUGACCGAGAAGUACACGUUCGGGUCCAUCGUGUGGAGUGACGGCAAGCAUAAGGUGACCAGCCCCAUUGCCAUCACCUGGCCGGCGAGCCAAGUGGCGGCGAUGUGAUUCGACAGUUCUACAAACUGGCCGGCGAGCCAAGUACCUUCGACAAACUUUAGCUUGUGUGUCGUUGUUUGUUGUUGUAGGUUGCAUUUAAAAAAUAAGUCGCCUAGCUUCAUUACUACCUCAUUCUACCGACAAGUUGUAUAACUAAUCUUAUGAUUUGGAGUUUCACUUCUCAACUGCUCUUGUUGUUAAAAACACCAUACAUCACGUAAAUCACG